AUGCGUGUUUCACUUACCCUACUGCGUCGGGGCAAACCUCGUCCAAGGGCUGGUAUGUUCCUGGACAAGUAUCGUCGUGUACCAGCGUUGUUGAAACCACAGCAAGGUGGACAACAGUACUUUAGUGAUUUUCUCAUUCGUUCCACAAAUGACCGGCUCACUCAACAGGAUGUUGAAGAUGGUGCUGGAAAAGUAGAAUCCACUAUUGCAGCGAGACUUCCACAGAUGGACUGGGAGUCAAUGUCUAAUCGUAGCACAGAGGACGCUGUUAAAGAGGAAAUGCGACGCCUUAUGGAAAACGAUGUGUCACAGCAGCAGCGUGCAUUUAACGAGCGAGUUUGGUAUGAAGAAGAAGAGAAAGAAAGACGUCUCCAACAAGGUAAUGGUGUCAGAGUGGCGGAAAUUACAAAAACUGAGAGCGAGAGUAGUUUACCACCACGGGUGCUGGGUAAUGAUUACUUUACGAGUCGAUUUGGAUAUUCCCUCGUUAAAAAUAGUGAAAUGCCGCAAGGGUUAACAGACUACAGUCAACUUGAUAUGUGGGGGGAGAUGCCUAAGUACACACGUGACAUGAUAUUUCUUUAUCUUGUCUCACGUCGACGUAAUACAUAUGCGGUAGCAUAUACGUAUGAAGGCAAACGUAUUCUUCCCACAUAUACGGCAGGUAAUAGAGGACUCAAAGGUGGCGAUCGCGGUUUCCGCAGUGAUGGAUCUACCGACAACGGUCAUCAAGUAACGAGUAUGUACUUGAAUGAUUUGUUGCCAAAAUUGCGUGAAAUGCGUGCAAGUGAGGGACGUCCUAUUGGACGCGGUGAGAAAAUUGAACUUGUUGUACGAGUAAUGGGAUUUUAUAAUGGUCGUCAAGGAGCGGUACGUGCUGUACAGGAUCGUGCAAAUGAAUUUCACGUGCGUUAUUUUGAAGAUAUCACUCCAAUUCCACUGAACGGACCGAAGAUGCCACGUGGUGUAUUUAAGUAG